CAUUUUUGGAUUGAAGAAGGUGCAACAGUGGAUUGGAAAAUGGGAUGGAUUUGGAAGGAAGGGGUUAGUUUGGGAAAGAAGGUUCUUGCAGUAGGUUUUGUGAUGGCUUUUGCACCAUUCUUUGUUCCUCCACUCGUUGUUGCCUUCUUGAUUGCGUUGAUCUCGUCGCUUCCUUAUUGUUUAUACUUGGUGAGCUAUGUUUGUACUGAAAAGCUGAUGAGAAAACUGCUUCCCGCUACUGCUUUUGGUGAUAAAACUGUGCAACUCCGCAACAAGAUUGGUCACGGUGAUGUAUACAAUGAUCGCAUAGCACGAGUUGCUAUGAGUGAGCCUUUUCUCGUUCAGACCGAGGAAGAUGAUAGAACACACUUGAGAGUGGCUAACAUUGUUUUUGAUGUGUAUCAAAGCCCUGAGGAUAUGAGAAAAGAGUCAAAGAGCUUGUUUAAGAGAUUUAGAGAUGAAGGUAGGAAUAAUAAAGGAGUCUUGGAGAAAGCUUUCGGAGAGGAGAACAAAGUGUCCAGAGAUAAUGUUAUAGCAGGAAACAAGCAAGUGUCUGGGACUACUAGACGUGGAGGGGAACGUGAGUCAACUACAACUAAAGCAUCUACAGUGAAGGAUAUGGAGAAAUCUUCAAAUGAGAUGGUGUUGUAUAACGAGGAGCAGAUAUGGGCAAAGAUGGAGGCAUUAAGGAAGAUAGUUGGAUACAGUGUUGCGAGGAGCACGACAUAUUCACAAGAACUCAAGGCACUUUACAUGUUUACGGGUGUGGAAUUGCCCACGUCGAUGUUGGACAAGGAGCAUCAAGACAUUGCACAUGUCAGUGAGAGACUUCACUUUUUAAUGUCUGUCAUAGGAAUAAAAUAG